AUGGAGGGAGCUUCAUCUGGUUCUCCGGGCCGCCUUUCGUCCUCUGGACUGCCUACACAGGUGCUCGUUCAGCUGUACGACCAGCUGAACACUGUCAACUUCCACCUUAUGAGAUACACGGAGAUCACUUUCAACCUUGAGGGCGGGUUGCCACCCUUCAUCAUGGCCGUCACUCCAAGGCAGCUUCUGGUUCUGGUCAAGGCUCUUUUGCUGGAGAAAAAAAUUCUUUUUUACUCAUGCGACGCCUCACGGGCUUCAACAGCUGUCCUUUCGUUCAUCUCUCUACUUCCAGGUACUGCGUGCCACCCCGCAGAGUGUUAG